AUGCCUUCGUGGUCUGUUUGUGGGCAGAAUGUUCGGGCUUUCCAUAAGCCGAAGAUGUACAGAAGUCUGGACGGAUGUUGCAUCUGCCGCGCCAAGUCGUCCAGCUCGCGCUUCACUGACAGCAGGCGCUACGAGAAGGACUUCACGAGCUGCUUCGGGCUGAGUGAGAGUAGGACGGGAGAUAUCUGUAACGCCUGCGUGCUGCUGGUGAAACGGUGGAAGAAGCUGCCUGUUGGUUCGAAGAAGAACUGGAACCAUGUGGUCCGACGCCAAGAGGAGGCCCAGCCUCAAGAUCUCCUCCAGGCCAAGAAGCCACGUCCCUGUUGAAGAAGGGACCGGCCCAGACAGAUCAGCAGGCUCCAGAAGGAGCUGAAGAGAAACAACUCGGACGCCCACAGCACCACCUCCAGCACCUCCCCCGCCCAGUCCCCCAGCUACAGCAACCUGUCUGACGAGGGCUCAGACACGGACAUCGGCCCCGGGUCCAGCCAGCCCCCGGUCUUCUCCUUCCUGGACCUGACCUACUGGAAGAGACAAAAGGUGUGCUGCGGAAUCAUCUACAAGGGUCGUUUUGGGGAGGUGCUGAUCGACCCCCACCUCUUCAAACCCUGCUGCCGUAAGCAGCAGGGCCGACGCCCCCCCGCACCGCAGGGGGCGGGGGCAGGGUACCUGGAGGACGAGGAGGAGGAGGAGGAGGAGGAGGAGGAGGUGGACGUGGAGGAGGCGUCAGUGAGCGAGGUUACUGCAGAAAGAUCCACGCCCAAGAAUGGUUUGGAGGAGGUGUUGAAUGGGGCGUUGGAGGAGGAGGUGGUGGUGGUGAAGGAGGAGGUGGUGGUGAAGGAGGAUGAGCUGAACACCGGCACCAUGCAGCUGCUCCUUGCUGCCGUUUAACCUCCCCCCUUCAGUCAACCGGAGGAGGAGCAGGGAGGAGCAGGAGUUGGUUGAUUUAGGAGCCCUUAGUGCACAUUUUGUUGAGGACAUCUUGGGAUGCUUCUUUGGUUCAGCACUUACAGAGAAGUCACCACAGUUGGCCUUUAGUCGCUGGGCAGCUGAAAACGUUAUUUCUUAGUCAUGUUUUCACCAUUUGUUUGUUGAUCUAUAUUGUUGAUGUGUAAGUUAUUGAAUUUUUCCUUAUCUCAACCAUUGAUUCUUUAUAUGAACUAUUCUUCCCGUCCUGGUCGAGCAUCGUCAUCCUGGUGCUACCUCCGACCAAAUGCUGAAACUUUACUUUGCUGGUACAAUGGAAAUGUUAAAAAUGCUAUUAAUCCAUGCUUUAGGAAAGAAGAGGGUGGGCAAAAGCGAUUUAAAAAAAAAAAAACAGAUCUAAAUGGUUCUGUGGCAGAUGUAUGGUGCGUCCGUCAUAUUUUAUAUCAGAUGUCCCUAUUCCUUGUGUUUAAUACCUAUUGUUCAAUAGGCAUGUUUUCAGAUGGCAUGCCUUAAAAAGCCUUUUAGUUAGUAUCUAACACCAUUCACACAAGUUUUCUUCCUGUUUGUUUGUAGAAUAGAGUAUUUUUGUAUGUUGAUGUCAUUGGAAUUAGGGCUGUUCACAGUGCCGCCGCAAAUACACAAGCCUUGAUGUCGCAUCACAGACCCUGAGUUGGUGAGACCAUUACCAGCCCAGGGGCUGGUGGCCUCUGCAACCCACAGGGCAUUCAGCAUGAGCAGUGGAUGCCCUCUUCUUGUCGAAACCCGCUGAACCAAUGCAGGAGGAUUCUGUUUCAAGUGCAUGGCCUUAGAGGAAGUACAUUUUUGUAUUACUUAAAAAAUAAGUAUGUGGGAUCAUUUAAGGUUCGAAAUUAUUUUUAUAUGUAUUUUUUUUUUUAAAGCCCAAAAAACUUCUUUGUACCCUAACUUACAACCCAAUUCUUCAAAAUGACAGAGAAUACCAAUAACCAAUCCUUUCUUAUUCAGCAAUACCAAUAUCAGUUUACAUCAAUCAUAGAACAUUCAUGGAGAGAAGACUUUAUACAAUUCAUAUGCUAUGCUAUUGCCUAAUACACCACAAAUGUUGGGAUGAUAUAUAUAUUUUUAUAUAUAUAUAUCCCAAA